AGCCAAUCAGAGAUGGGGAAGCGAGGCCGAGAAGGAAGCGGAUCCACUGCCGCGCAGCUAAACCGUAUCGAGCUAUCAUCUUCGUCUCCCUCCGCCGCUAUAGGGGCCUAAGCGGGAGCGGCUGGGACGGCGUCACUGAGAGGGCUGGGGGCGGAAGUGGAGGCGGAGGGAGACGGUACAGACCGCAGGGCCUUGGGCCUUAGCGGCGAGGCUCUGGUGGGCGCGAGGCAGGGGAGGGGGAGGAGGAGGAGCCCGCGGCCCGGGCGGCGGCGGCGGCGGCGCCCGAGUUCCCCGUAGGGCCCCGCCUCGGAGCGGGCGGCUGUGGAGGAGGAGACUGAGGAGCAGGAUGGCGGCCUCGGCCCUGUACGCCUGCACCAAGUGUACCCAGCGCUAUCCCUUCGAGGAGCUCUCCCAGGGCCAGCAGCUCUGCAAGGAAUGUCGGAUUGCGCAUCCUAUUGUAAAAUGUACUUACUGCAGAUCAGAAUUUCAACAAGAGAGCAAAACUAAUACAAUUUGUAAGAAGUGUGCUCAAAAUGUGAAGCAAUUUGGCACGCCUAAACCUUGUCAGUACUGUAACAUAAUUGCUGCAUUUAUUGGUACAAAGUGUCAGCGUUGUACAAAUUCAGAAAAAAAAUACGGACCACCUCAGACCUGUGAACAGUGCAAACAACAAUGUGCUUUUGAUCGAAAGGAGGAAGGAAGAAGAAAGGUUGACGGAAAGUUAUUAUGCUGGCUCUGUACUUUAUCAUACAAGAGAGUUUUGCAGAAGACAAAAGAACAAAGGAAGAGCCUGGGAUCUUCACAUUCAAACUCCUCUUCUUCAUCUCUUACCGAGAAAGACCAGCAUCAUUCAAAACAUCAUCACCACCAUCAUCACCAUCACCAUCGUCACAGCAGUAGCCAUCACAAAAUCAGCAAUCUGAGUCCAGAACAAGAGCAGGGACUGUGGAAACAGAGCCAUAAAUCCUCUGCAGCAAUUCAGAAUGAAACUCCAAAGAAAAAGCCCAAAUUGGAAUCUAAGCCAUCUAAUGGAGAUAGUAGCUCUAUAAAUCAGUCAGCAGAUAGUGGGGGAACAGACAAUUUUGUCCUUAUAAGUCAACUGAAAGAAGAAGUGAUGUCACUUAAACGUCUCUUACAGCAGAGAGACCAGACCAUUUUAGAAAAAGAUAAAAAGCUAACUGAACUAAAGGCGGACUUUCAGUACCAAGAGUCAAAUUUGAGAACAAAGAUGAACAGUAUGGAAAAAGCUCACAAAGAAACUGUGGAACAACUUCAGGCCAAAAACAGGGAACUACUCAAACAGGUCGCUGCAUUGUCAAAGGGUAAAAAGUUUGACAAAAGUGGAAGCAUACUAACAUCUCCUUGAGAAAAUAGUUAUUCAUGUAGUGUUUCUGCUGAAAAUGUAAAUUUGAGAAAAAUUCUGUGAAGCCCUUAAAUUCUGUGUAGUGGAGAAAUAUUUUUGCACACCAGAUGAAUUGGCGUGUUUCCUAUUCACUUUUAUAACUGAUAUACAGCAUUUUUUAAGUUGUAAAACAUUCAAAUAAAACUUCAACUGGCUUGAAGUUAAUUUUUAAUGAUUUGAUAUCCAGGAACUUUUUUGCCAGCAAUAGUAUUAAACACUUGUAAAGGAGUGCAUGAGUCGUGCCCUUUAUAAAAUGCAACAUGCAAUAAUAGAGUGGAUGAUGGUGUUCAGAAGUCAGAGCAGCAGGGCUUUCGGUUUGUUUUGGUUUUGUUUUUACACUAUGCUGAUUUCAGAUAAACAGUUUUCAAUUUAGAAAUACAAAAGCUUUUAAACAAGGAAAAUGGUAAACACUGGUUUUUUUUUUUGGUAAUUGUGUUUUUACUUUGCAUCAACAUGAAUUUAGGAGAAAAUCAUGGUGCUUUUAUUAAAUGAACUUCAGAGUAUAUGUAAAUAUGUUUUUAAAAGUUACAUCAUUAACAUUAGUUAGUAAACUAGUAUUUUCAUUAUUGGUAUAGGAAUUAAUGUUUAUUGUACAGUAUCCAAGGUAAAAUGUGUUCUGUUUUGUACAAACUACUGUAGAUUUUUACUUACAAGUGCCUUUUUGCCACCUAAUGUUUUUAUUUAUAGGAAUGCCAAUCUUUUGUACAUACAGUUUGUUUUAAAAUCAUGUUUAAUAAAUGUUUGUAUAUAAAUGCAUAUGUACAGAAGCCUAUUUCAAAAGGAAAUCAAAGUUGUUAGUAAAAUGUUUGCGAUUCCAUUAAGAACCGAUAAUGCAUAUAGACUCUAGAUGAUUUUGUGGUUUGUUUCUGUGUGAUAUGAGAAGUUGUUGGUCACUGAAUUCAUUGAAUUAUGUAAAAAUACUUCCCCAAAGAUUUAAUUUUAAAUCAUUUCUGAUAGAGUAAUUUUAUUUUUUAUGUCAUACGGCUUCAUGUUCAUAUUUCAUGAGUUACAUGUUCUUUAUUUUUUCUUUUAUAAAAGUUCUUAAAAAUUUAUAAUUUUUCUGCAGUGGUCCAUAUAUCUGCUUUCCUUAUAAUAUGUGGUUAUCUAAGUUAAUAUUUAUGUACACCAUAUUUGAUUUGUAAGUUUAAAGCAAAUCUGGAAAAAUUUAAAUAAAUCAAUCCAUGAGUAUCUUUGAAUAAAUUGGAAUCUACUGUAAGAUACAGGCACUAUUUAUAAGAAAAUUAUAUCAGAGUCUUUAAAAUUGUCUAUAAAAGGUUAAGUAGGUUGGGAUAGGUUAUGUAAAGUUAUUGACUAAUUAUUUUCUGAUCCAUUGGUUUUCAGCCUUUAAUGCAAUUGAUCUCCUUAGUAAAUGCAAGUUCAGACUUUCAAUUCAAUUGUGAAGCAUCAGGCAAUGCUAGAUAUACUGUAUAGAGUGGGAGAGAGUUCCUUCUCUUGGGAAUUUAUGGGCAAGGAUUAAAUUUAAGUAAACUUAAUAAAUUUAUUAGUUUUUAAGUUGUUUAUAAACUGAUUAUAAAUGUCAGGUCAAAGAUCAUCUUUUCUCAGAACACAGGAUGGUUAUAAUAAUUGUUUUUAACAUAACCAAUGUUUCAGGAGAUGAUUCCUGUGGUUUUUCAUUAUAUGUUGAUAUCAAAUAAUUCUUUGUCCAAUUUGAAAACAUUAUCUAGGGUAAUUUUGAAGUAAUAUAGCAAAAGAUUGAAUCAAUCAGACUUGACUUGGAAAAAUUAAACCAGUUUAUUUUUAUGAGCUCUUCAUGCAAUAAUCUUCCUAAAUUUAGUACUCUCAACAAUGAUAGAUAAUGCCUUCUUAACACAGAUUUUAAUGUUUGCAGGAUUUGCUAAAUUCAUAAGGUAGUCAUUACCUUUCUUUGAAAUUAAUACUUUUAUAUUCUGGUUUCAUAGCCAAUAAUCAAUCCACAGUGCUCAUUAUAGUUUUAAAAUAAACUAUGUAAUAGUUCUUAUAACAUGUUGGAGCUGCUACUAAAAACCAAGGUGCCCCUUCCCCUUUUUUAGAAAACAGAUUAAAAAUUGAAGACUCAGUCUCAGUCAUUAAGCUUUGUAAAUUCUAAGGCUAUAAAACUUUUUAGGGGCUUCACAGUAUUUAGUCCUAAUUAAAUGCCCUCUCGUUAUUCCAUGACCUUAUUUUAUAACUUAAUUUUUUUGCAAUUGUAUAAACUAGUAAUUGAGUCCCAGUCCUGGAUUUGUAGUGUAUUGACAUAAUGAGCUGAUAUUUAAAUGUGGACCUGUAAGGAGAUACUAUGGUGUGCCGUAUUGUGCUUUUUAGCCCGUUUUCAGCUAUUAAUUAGCAUUUACCAGUGAGGGUCAUUUUGGCCCAAGUUAUUUAUGUAUUAAUAGCCUGUGAAUAUUGCAGUUCUUUUUAGAUUGUAUUGGUCUAAAUAUGCAUUCUCUGGUGAACCUGAUAAGCUGUUCACAUGUAUAGACUAUUGAAAUACUGUACUUGUACACAUCUGACUGUUGACAUUUUGUACUUUUUUCUAAAUCCAAUAUUUCACAAUAAAAACUUGUCAAAAUUUUUGCUACUAGUUUCCUGUUGCUUCUGCAACAAAUUCCAUAACCUUAGUGGCCCAAAACAGCAAAGGUCAGUUCUCUGAUAGUUCUGGAGACCAGAAGUCCAAAAUCAGUUUUACUAAGCUAAUGUCAAAGUUGGCAGAGCUGAUUCCUUCUGGAGGCUCUGGGGAGAAUCUGCUUUCUUGCCUUUUCCAGCUUUUGGAGCUGCAUUUCUUGCAUUCUUUAGCUCUUUGCCCCUUCCUCCAUCUUCAGAGCUAAAAAAAUGUAGCAUAUUCAAGUCUCUCUAGCUCUAUCAUCAUAUGGUCUUCUGUCUUUGGUCAUGGUAUCUCCCUCUGCUCCCUCUAAUAAGGACAUUAUUGGGCCCACCUGGAUGAUCAGGAGUCCUCAUAUCUCAAAUUCUUAAGUCACAUCUGUUGUCACAUAAGGUAACCUAUUCAUAGAGAUUAGAACAUGGACAUUUCAGGAGACCAUUACGGAGCCUCUCAUAAGCUUCAUCUACAUUUUCCCCAGUAUGAGGCUUUAAAGUUGACAGAUUUGAGAGAAUUGGCUCAGGCAAACACAUUCCGUUUUGCUACAUGUUCAUUAAGACUGCUUCCAUUAGCUAUUGAGAUAUUUCAAAGCAAUAAUAAAGCAAAUCAAGCUAGAUGUAGUUUUGAUUUUACAAACUUUGGAACAUGACUAAAACCAUGCUAUGUUGUUUGAUAAAAUGAGUUAAAGACCUGAUUUAUAGACCUUUAUGGUCUGUAGACCUAGACCUUUAUAGUCUAGUUGGGGAGACCAUAUACAUGAAAAAGUAUCUGGAACUUUGGUAUUAGGAAGUGCAAUAAGAAGCUGAUAGCUUUUAGCAAGGGCACCCUAAGAAUUGUGGGAAAUGUUAGUCUAAGUCAUUGUUUUCUCAAACUUGAGCAUGCAUCAGUCAUAGGGCUGUUUGGAGGACCUCAUGAGGCACAUGUAACUGGGCCUCUGCCCCGAUGUCUUGAGUGCAUGAGUUUGGAAUUGGUCCCAAGAAUCUGCAUCUCUCAGUUACCAGGUAAUGCUAUUGCUUCUGGCUCAGAACACAUACUCUGAGAACAAGUGGGAUAUAAAAAAGGCAUGAAAGAUUGAAGGGCUAAAGAGUAGAGGCUAUUUUGAGAAGAACUGGGGAGUGAACUUGGAAAAAUUAUUUGGAGCUGUAUUUUCAAGGCAGUUUGGGAAGACUACUAGAGUUUUGAAAAGGAAAUGAUGUAAGACCAAAUACUGAAUAUGUUGAGAAGAGCACUACAGGCCAUUUUCUCCAACUGCUUUAUUUUGUAGCCAAGGAAGUGGAGCAGGAAGUGGUCAAUGAGUAUGGACUUUUAUUAAUGCCCUGCCAUUUUCCAAAAAGAAUUGAGGUAACCUGGUUCAAGUGACUUGUGCCUCGGUAGUUUGCCACACAAAAUCAGUAUUAAGGAGGUGUGUGUGUAGUCGUCCUCUCAGACAUAGCUAAGAGGUUGAGGAUGAUGAGAAUCAUCAGUUGGAUGUCAGUUGGAUAGGACAAACUUAUGGGCUGAGAAAAACUUCCCUUCUAAACAAUGUCUUAGUAUAUAAGGUGCAGAAUUUGUUUUUUAAUUGACAAGGGGAUAGUAGAUGACAAGCCCUAUGGUUUUUCUCUCAUGUUUAGUGCUGCCAUGACUGCUUUUGAAAUUGUUGUGCUAGUCACCACUUCUCAAGAAAAAUGCAAUCUGAGAAGUUAAAUGAUUAGAGUGUUGAAAACUGUAUUUUGACUAAAAUGAUUGACUUUUUCUAAAAUAAGAAAAAACCAACAACUGUAAAGAAACUGGGCCAGAGGAAUAAAUAUAUCAUUCAUAGGGUAAGUGCAGAUGGUUUUUAGCCAUGUGAAAAAAUGACCUUACUCAUAAUAAAAGAAAAUUCAGAAAAAUUUAAAAGUGUAUGGAGUUAACUAUUUGUCACCUAUAGGUUUGGAAAAUUCCAAAUCUGACAACAUACUUUGUUGACACAGUUGUGGGGAAACAGACACUCUUUGACAUUUCUAAUGGCCAUUGCUAAAUAGUCCUGUGGAGUUUUAAUAACUGACAGCAUUACAUAUACAUUUAUACUUUGAUCUUGCAACCCAAUAUCUAGGAAUUGGUCCCAAACAUACUCUUAACAAAAAUGCAAAGACAUAAGCACAACUCAAAAUUAUUUGGAAUAGCAGAAACAGAAAACAGUUGAGAUUAAGGGGUUGGUAAAAAAAAAAAAAACAACUUUGGGACAUCCAUAUAAUGAAUCUAUUUAGCCAUAGAAUUGACUCAGCUACUCCACAGUACAUUUGUUGAAGUGAGAAAAGCAAAGGAGAAGAAAGUAUGCCAUAGCAUGUUAAGGAGAGGGCUACACCCACAUACAUACACAAAAGUAUCUGCUUAUAGUUCUUAAAAACUGAAAACUCAACCAUAAUUGUUUAAAAAUGGUUACAAAUAAGGGGUGAGGGAGAAAAUAUGUUGGAGGGGACAGUGUUAGAAAUUAGAGAUCUUUGAACAUAAUGUUUUAUUGAUUUAACUUUGGAGUCAUUGAGAUACUGUUAAAAAUUAUAAAAUAAAACAAUCUUUAAAUUUAUUUUUUUUUCUAGUUGAGUAUAGUUGACACGAUGUUACAUUAGUUUCAGGUAUAUGGCAUAGUAAUUUGACAAGUUUAUGCAUUAUGCUGUCUAUCCUCCCCACAGCUGUAGCUACUGUCACCAUCUAACACUAUUGCAAUAUCAUGGACUAUAUUCCCCAUGCUGUACCUUUUAGUUCCAUGACUUAUUCAUUCCAUAACUGGAAACCUGUAUCAUCUACUUCCAUUCACUCAUGAAGUAAAAGUCUCAAAAAAAAAAAAAAAAAAAAGAAAAGAAACAGAUGUACCUAAGACAGCCAGUUGGUGCCAUAACCACACAGAGGACUAUUCUAAUUGCCAUAAAAUGCAAUAGUUUGUACCUCCUUAGUGGGAUAUAUUCUAACGUAAAAAAAAAAAAAACCGGUUAAAAAAAUUGAAAAAAAAAA